UGUCUCCCCUUCCCAUAAAGAAGUGUAAUUUGAAGAGAAACCGAACAAAGAAGUCUGGGAGUAUAUAAAUCCACCACGGGACAUCUCUGCUACAGUCACUGGUUGGGCGGCGGGUAGCGCACUCUGUUGACCGGUUCCGCAAUUUGCUCUCCGGUGCUCUGGUAUUCAACGAGUCCGUCUCGAGUCGGAGGAUGAUGCGGGGUCCUCGGCUUCUAUCCAGUGCUUUCGUUUUGCACUUCUUCCUUUACGCUUACUCCGUGCCAGUACCCGAGGGCAAAGCCUCCGCCAGGCACAAAGCUGCAGCGGGUUGGCUCCAGAAGCCCCACCCGUACCCGCUGAAGAAGAGGGUGCACCGGCUGAACCACGGCCAGGACACGCUGAAGGAGGCGACCCGCGUUACGCCCGGAAACGUCUCCGAACUCUGGAGCCGCCCUCGAUGUGGCGUCCCGGACUACCCCGCCCAGAAGAGGGGCGUGGCCACUGGGAGGCAGCGGCACAAACGAUUCGUCCUGUUUGGGGGCCGAUGGGACAAGACUGACCUCACCUACAAGAUCGUGCGUUUCCCCUGGCAGAUGAGUAACGACAAGGUGAGGAGCAUCCUGCGGGAGGCGAACCAGGUGUGGAGCGACGUCACCCCCCUCACCUUCACCGAGGUCAGCCACGGCCGCGCUGACAUCAUCAUCGACUUCACUAGGUACUGGCACGGGGACAGCCUGCCCUUUGACGGGCCUGGAGGAAUCCUCGCCCACGCCUUUUUUCCCAGAACCCACCGGGAGGGAGACAUUCACUUCGACUAUGACGAGACAUGGACGGUGGGAAACAGCAUUGGUACGAACCUGCUCCAGGUAGCGGCUCACGAGUUUGGCCACGUCCUCGGCCUCCAGCACUCCCAGGUCCCCGGAGCAGUGAUGUCACCGUUCUACAGCUUCACCUACCCGCUGGUGCUGAGCGAGGACGACAGGCGGGGGAUUCAGUCCCUGUACGGCCAGCGCCUCACCCCCGAGCCCCGCCCCACCCAGUCCCGCCCCUCCAAGCCCCGCCCAACCCGCCCUCACAUCAUCGAGACCAACGAGAUCCUCACCGUGCCGGACACCUGUCACACCGAUUUUGACGCGGUGUCGAUGAUCCGAGGCGAGCUGUUCUUCUUCAGGUCGGGGUACGUGUGGCGGAUCCGGGACGGGCACCUGCAGACGGGGUACCCCGCCCUGGCGUCCCGGCACUGGCCGGGGAUCCCCGAUAACGUGGACGCCACAUUCGAGGACGAGUCCGGGAACAUCUGGUUCUUCCAAGGGGAGAGUUACUGGGUGUUUGACGCGGGGAGGCGGAUCACGGGUCCAGACCCCGUGCAGCGGCUGGGCCUCCCGGUGUCCCACAUCCAGGCCGCCCUCCUGAGGAGCGAGGACCACGCCCACAGGGUCUACUUCUUCAAAUCGGGCAGCUACUGGCGCUUCAGCCCGCGGGAGAGGCGCGUGGACACCCCCCACCCCCGACACAUGCAGGACUGGAGGGGCGUGCCCGCCAGCGUCGACGGAGCCUUCCAGGACCGGCAAGGGUACAUCCACUUCCUGAGCGGCAGGCAGUACUGGAAGGUCGACCCGGCGACCCGGUCCGUCCUGCCCGGGUAUCCGCGAGGAAUCGGGAUGGACUUCUUCGGCUGCCUCGGGUCUAACUACCGAUAGGACCCCCUGCGGAGGGACGGGGGUCUCCUGGACAAAGUGGGCUCAGAACCUGUGCACGGUCAUCUUUUUCGGGGCCCUGUGAGGUCGAAAACAUGCCAGUUUUCCCCACAUCGCGUUUGGUAACAGGGGAACAAAUGCAACAAUGUUUUUU